GGUCUUUCCAACGCUUAGUCAAUUUCCCUUCGUAUUGCUUGGGUUUCUGCUGUCUGCCUUUCUUGAGUCGUUUCUCAAUUGAUUGUAGCCAGCAUGUGUGGUAUCUUCGCGUGUCACCAUCAUCCCGAUGUGCAAAAGUUCAAGCCUACGGCCCUGCGCAUGGCCAAGGCUUUGCGCCACCGUGGACCCGAUUGGAGUGGAAGCUUCAUCUCGGAGAAGACUAUCCUCGCGCACGAGCGUUUGAGUAUCGUCGGUGUCGACUCCGGUGCCCAGCCCCUCGUUAACCACGAUGGUUCCCUCGCCCUCGCCGUCAACGGCGAGAUCUACAACCACCGCAUCCUGAGAAAGGGCCUGAAGGCCGAUUAUGAGUUCAAGACGCAUUCGGACUGCGAGGUCGUCAUUCCGUUGUACAUGGAACACGGUCUCGAUGCCCCCAAGUAUCUCGACGGCAUGUUCUCCUGGGUUCUCUAUGACAAGAACCAGGACAGGGUUGUCGCUGCACGGGACCCCAUCGGUGUCACCAGCUUCUACAUUGGCUGGUCCUCUGAGACCCCCGGAGCGGUUUACUUCGCUUCUGAACUGAAGUCUCUGCACCCGGUUUGCGACAAGGUCGAGGCUUUCCCCCCUGGUCACAUCUAUGAUUCCAAGACCGGCGAAUUCACUCGCUACUUCCAGCCUAAGUGGUGGGAUGCGACUAACGUCCCCUCCACCCCUGUCGACUAUAAGGUUAUCCGUGCUUCUUUUGAGAAGGCUGUUCGCAAGCGUCUGAUGGCUGAGGUCCCCUAUGGUGUCCUGCUUUCGGGUGGUCUUGAUUCCAGCUUGGUCGCCUCUAUCGCUCAGCGGGAAACUCUGCGCAUGCAGGAGGCUUCCUUGGCUGCUCAAGCGCAGGGUGCUGAUCUGAACGAAUUGGUCGGCAUUGACGACUCCAACGAGCUGUCCACUGUCACUACCUUCCAGCAGCUGCACUCCUUCUCCAUUGGUCUGCCGGGUGCUCCCGACACGGAGGCUGCCCUCAAGGUGGCCAAGUUCCUCGGAACUAAGCACCACGCCUUCACCUUCACCGUUGAGGACGGUCUCAACGCUCUCUCUGAUGUCAUUUACCACCUGGAGACUUACGAUGUGACCACCAUCCGUGCUUCCACCCCCAUGUACCUGCUCAGUCGCAAGAUCAAGGCUAUGGGUGUCAAGAUGGUCUUGAGUGGUGAGGGUAGUGAUGAGAUCUUCGGUGGAUACCUUUACUUCCACGCUGCUCCUAACCGCGAGGAGUUCCACAAGGAGACCGUCAGACGUGUCAAGAACCUGCACUUGGCGGAUUGCCUGAGAGCUAACAAGUCCACUUCCGCCUGGGGAUUGGAGGCCCGUGUCCCCUUCCUGGACAAGGAGUUCCUCGAGACUUCCAUGGCUGUUGAUCCUGCCGACAAGAUGAUCACCAAGGAGCGCAUCGAGAAGUACAUCCUGCGCAAGGCGUUUGACACCACCGACGAGCCCGACGUCAAGCCUUACUUGCCCGACAACAUCCUCUGGCGCCAGAAGGAGCAGUUCAGUGACGGUGUCGGCUACAGCUGGAUUGACGGCCUCAAGGACCAGGCUGAACUGCAGGUUACCGACGAGAUGAUGAAGAACCCCAAGCCCGAGUGGGGUAGCGAUAUCCCCGAUACCAAGGAAGCCUACUGGUACCGCAUGAUGUUCGACGAACACUUCCCACCCACUUGCGCCGGUACCGUUGAGCGUUGGGUACCGACCUGGUCGAAGCAGUCCGACCCGAGCGGCAGAGCUAUUGCGACUCACAACGCCAAGUACGAAAACGCUGUGUAAAUGUCUGGGUUAUGAAUUUUGCGUGUCUUAACAUCUUGCGGAGAGUUUGGGUAUAGAAACAUGUAUAGAUGAUUUACCAGGGAUACUCAUUGGGACGCAAAAAAAGCGAAUUUCAGUCAGAAGCGUCGGGAUCACCGCGUACUGGCUUUACCUUCUUCAUCUCCCACGCCUUCAUCCACUACCUUGUUUUGGCAAGAUUUGUAAGAAUGGCAGAAGUUUCUGG